AUGGCACACUUAUCAUUGAUUUUAAAUAUAUUAAUAAUCUGUCUAACAUCUUAUUCAUAUUGUCAACAAUGUGAACAAAGUUCGGAUGUAGCUCGUUUUGAUUGUUAUCCAGAAAGUGGUUCAACACAAGAUAAAUGUCUUGCAAGAAAUUGUUGUUGGAGAACACCAAUAAAACGAACAAAUUCAACAACGAAAAAUCCGAGUUAUUUCAAUGAUGUUAAUAUACCUUAUUGUUAUUAUCCAAAAGAUUUUCCAACAUAUUCUGUACAAACAAUUCAACAAACUGAUUUUGGUCAAAGAAUACGAAUUAAUAAAUCUGAAACAACAUAUAUGCCACAUGAUAUUAUUGAUUUAACUGUUGAUCUUAUAUAUGAAACUGAACAACGAUUUCAUAUUCGAAUAUAUGAUUCGAUGUAUAAACGAUAUGAAGUACCAAUUCAAGUUCCAGUUGUACAAAAGAAAGUUAAUAUGACAGAUUAUGAUGUUAAAGUUAAUCAACAACCAUUUUCAAUACUUAUUACAAGAAAAUCAACAGGUGUUACAUUAUUUGAUUCAAGCGUCUCACCACUAAUAUUUGCUGAUCAAUUUAUUAAAUUUUCUACACGUUUAUCAAGUCCAUUAGUAUAUGGUCUUGGAGAACAUCGACAAGGAUUAUUAAUUAAUGUAACAGAUCAAUGGAAAAAACUAACAUUUUGGUCACGUGAUUUUCCUCCAGUACAAAAUACAAAUCUUUAUGGUGUUCAUCCAUUUCAUAUUAAUCUUGAAUUAAGUAAUAAUAAUGAACAAACAAAUUUUCAUGGACAAUUUCUUCUUAAUUCAAAUGCAAUGGAUAUUGAUCUUCAACCAUUACCUGCAAUAACUUACACAACUAUUGGUGGUAUUAUUGAUUUAUAUAUUUUUACUGGACCAACAGUACAAAAUGUUAUUGAACAAUAUUGGAAUAUUAUUGGAAAACCAAUUAUGCCACCUUUUUGGUCAUUAGGAUUUCAUCUUUGUCGUUAUGGAUAUAAUACUAUCGAAAAUUUAUUAACAAUUAUUCAAAGAAUGCAUGAUGCUGAUUUUCCAUAUGAUGUACAAUGGACAGAUAUUGAUGCAAUGUCAUCUUAUCUUGAUUUUACAUAUGAUGAUAAGAAUUUUCAUGGUCUACCGGAUCUUGUACGUGAAUUACAAUCAGAUGGAAAACAUUAUGUAAAUAUUAUUGAUCCAGGUAUUAGUUCAGUUCAACCUCCGAGAACAUAUUCACCAUAUGAAGAUGGAUUGAAAAAAAAUAUUUUUAUGACAAAAUUUAAUUCAACUGAUUUAAUUAGGGGAAAAGUUUGGCCGGGUAUAACAGUUUUUCCUGAUUUUACAAAUCCAAAUGCUACUGAAUGGUGGACUAAUAUAGCGUCAGCUUUUCAUGAUAUAGUUCCAUUUGAUGGAAUGUGGAUUGAUAUGAAUGAACCAUCGAAUUUUGUUGAUGGAUCAAGUGAUGGAUGUACAGAUAAUAAAUUAGAUAAUCCACCAUUCGUUCCUAAUGUGCUUGGCGGUAGUCUUAGUUCACAGACAGUGUGUCCAUCUGCUCAACAGUAUCUUUCAUCUCAUUAUAAUUUACAUAAUAUGUUUGGUUAUUUUGAAGCAAUAGCAUCGAAUACAGCAAUGAAAACAAUUCGAAAGAAACGACCAUUUAUUUUAUCUCGUUCAACAUUUGCCGGUUCCGGUCAAUUUACUGCUCAUUGGACGGGAGAUAAUCGUGCUACAUUUGAUGCUAUGUACUUUUCUAUUCCAGCUAUUCUCAAUUUUAAUAUGUUUGGUAUUACACAUGUUGGUGCUGAUAUUUGUGGAUUUGGACUUGAUACAACUGAAGAAUUAUGUACACGAUGGAUGCAACUUGGUGCUUUUUAUCCAUUUAUGAGAAAUCAUAAUAGUCUAGGAGAAAAAGAUCAAGAUCCAGCAUCAUUUUCAUGGGAAGUACAACAAAUUAUGAAACAAGCAUUAUUUAUGCGAUAUUCAUUAGUUCCAUUUUGGUAUACUCUUCAUCAUGAAGCUGCAAUGAUAUCAAAAACUAUAGUACAACCACUUUUCUUUGAAUUUCCUAAUGAUGAAAAUACUUAUAAUGUUGAUCAACAAUUUUUAAUUGGUCGUGCUAUUCUUGUUUCUCCAAAUUUAAAAACAGAAACUAAUACUGUUCAUGCAUACAUACCAUCAGAUGUUUGGUAUGAAUUUCCAUCCGGUGUCAAACUUCAAGUAGUAGGAGUAUUUACCGAUUUAGAUGCACCGUUAUCAAAAAUAAAUGUUCAUGUACGUGGUGGUUUUAUUAUUCCAAUGCAAACACCCGGGGCUAAUUUAAUGAUUGGACGUGGUAAUCCAUUUAUAUUACUUGUUGCUCAAUCUCAAUGGGGUAAUGCAAGUGGAAAUCUUUUUUGGGAUGAUGGAGAUUCUAUUGAUUCAAUUCAAACAAAAUCAUAUAAUUAUCUUGAAUUUUCAUUAGAUAAUGCUGUAAAUUCACCAAUGCGUUUGGAUAUUAUCAAAGUUCUUGGUGUAAAUAAACCGGUUACCGAUGUCACUAUUAAUGGUAAAUUUUAUACAGAUUUUCUUUAUAAUAUUCCUGAUCAAAUCUUGCUUAUUUAUGGACUCGAUUUGGAUAUGCUAGAUCAAGAAAAUCAAGUCAUUCAAUGGACUAUCGCAAAUUAA